AUGAAAACACACUUCAACAUCCCCGUGUCCGAGCGGCUGGUGGACAGAAUCGGGGGUCCCUAUGUGCUCUACUCUGUGCAUCUGGAGGGCUUCCUCUUCUGCAAGGUGCGCUACAGCCAGCUGCGACGCUGGGACCAACAGCUGAGACGGAUCUUCGGGAAUUCCCUGCCUCCUUUCCCUCCAAAAUAUUAUCUGGCGAUGACCGCAUCCAUGGCCGAUGAGAGGAGGGAUCAACUUGAGCAGUAUUUACAGAGCGUGCCUACAGAUCCAAAUGUCCUAAGAAGUGAUGUCUUCAUUGGUUUUUUAAAAACGUUACAGCAGGACACCUUUAAGAUCGUCACAAAGAAAGUGCCUCUGGAUGUGUUUUUGCCCAAUGGCAGGAGAAUUCAAAUUGAGAUUCUGACAUCCGACACUGUUGAAAGGGUCCUGGAGAUCACGGCAUACAAGAUUGGACUCUCUCGAGAACUUCUGGAAUAUUUCAACCUGUUUCUGAUGCAGGGAGGCGGUCACGGAGACCUCACAGUAAUUAAGAAAAUGGCAGAGUUUGAACUCCCAUAUGCUAGUCUGCAAAGCGUUGAAGUCGAAAACUGCAAGGUUGGACUUAGAAAGUGGUAUAUGGAUCCAUCUCUUGAUGCAAGGCUUAUGGAUUGCAACGUUGCUGUAAAUCUGCUCUAUAUGCAGACACUGCAGGAGAUAGCGGAAAACUGGACCAAGCCAACCCACAGCCAAAGACAGGAAUUAGAGAGACUAAAGGAGGCAAAUGACAAAACAAAGUUUUUGGAGCUGGCUCAAGAAGCGUGGCAUCAUGGAUAUCUACAGCUUGAUCCUUGUACCUGUGACUACCCAGAGGCUGGCUGUGGGGUGGCCAUCUCCUUGGGCAACGACGAGAUCAGCUGCUGCAUCCAACUGCCUAGCAACCAGACCAGAGAGGUCAACUUCAAGAUGAGCAGGGUGAAAUGCUGGCAGGUCACUUUCCUUGGAGCUGCUGGGGAGGUGAAUGGCCCAGUCCAAAACCUUGACCAGAACCUGGAGCUCAGAUUUCAGUACAGCGAAGAGAACACUUGGCAGUGGUUUUCUAUUUACACGAAACAGGCUUUUCUGCUGAGUAGCUGUUUGAAAAAGAUGAUAUCGGAGAAGCUGGUGAAGUUAGCAGAAGAAGAUCCAGAAAUGCAGAUUGAAGUCCCCGAACAGAGUAAAGGGAAGAAAGCCCAAAGCCGACAAAGCCAGAUAGACUAUUCCGGCAUUUUAUCCAGGAUGAGCAACACUUAUCCAGGUAAAGUUACUGAAGAUGACUGAGUAUCUGAGACAAUGCAGGAGGAAGAUCUUUGAGAAAAAUCAAGCUACUGCAUUUCCUACCUUAUUCAUGAAAUGGUGAAAUGAAAAUCAAUGGAGUCUAGGGUUUCCAUUAAUUCAUUAAUUUGUGAAGGGAGUUUUAUAUUUCAAUUUCUGGGACAAGGGGCAACUUUUUCAUCUUGAAGUUUCACUAUUCCAUGUAUCCAUGAUAGGUUAAAAUAUUCACUGUAGAUCUAUGGUGUCUAUAAGAUUGAGAAAAAAUGACAGUGAAAAGGAGUUUAUGGGGAUUUCUUAAAAAGUCACAACACACAAUUGCACUACUGGUUUAGGCUGAAAUGCGUUUGGUUCAUUCUAAAUCCCAUGACUGUCACAGGCUCCUCAGACUAUCUCCAGUGUUGUGAGGAAUAAUGUAAGUGUCACAAUAAAUAAAGGCAGUAGUUAAAAUAUAAAUCCGGUAAAAAUGCACGUGAUGUGCACGUGAUGUGCACGUGAUGCACAUCAGAGCCGAGGAGACCAGAGGUUACCAGGUGUAAUGCUGAAGUUUAAUGUUUGAAGAGCAAAGUGACCAAAAGUGAAAACUGAAACUCGUAUGUUGGCUGAAACUCAUACGUUCACAUCAGACAAAAAUUUUCCCAAUUCUAAAUUUGCUCAUUAGAGCAGCAGAGAAUAUCCACACCUCUACAGUACAGAAGAUGGAGUCCUUCGGGGGAAUCGAUAAAUCAGUGAAUCAAUCGUACUUUCUGAGUGGUCACUGUGUGCAGAGCGCUGUACUAACCACUUGGGAGAGUAGAGGUUAACAGAGUUGGUAGACAUGUUCCCUGCCCAAAAGCCUGAACUUGGUAAACAAGCAAAGUUGCACUAAAAUGUAAUGGGGACUAGGGAGAGGAGCUAAAUUUACAAACUAAAUUGAAAUUCCCUUUAUUCUAAUUGAAACAUUCUAGGCCUAGCAAUAUACAUUUGGGAUAUUUGAAAAGUAAUAGUCUUCCAGCUUCUUGUUUACAGACCGCUGUAAUAUAGUUCUACAGUGGGAGUAGUGAAUGUGUAUUAAGUAGCAUUUUUUCAACUGACAAGAUUCUAUCGUUGUGUCACACGGUUUAGAAUUUGGGAGUCCUCCUAAACUGCCAAUCAGCUCUGUGUCAUUUUUGAUUUUGUUCCUUAAUCCAAUUUCCAAUACUUAUGAUGACUAAUAUAAAGACAUAGUUUGGGAUUGAAGUCGGUAGCUUCAGACUUUUUAGGCGGUGGUAUAAAUAGUCUGUGAGAUCUUCCAAACAUUCCUUUAAAUCAGGGUUGCAAACUAGUUUAAUAAUGGAAAUAUAAAAUAAAGGUCUUUUAUUGAAUGUGGAAGUCAGUCCUGGAAGUAAUGCUAACAAUCUUGUGCUGAAAUAUACAACUCUUCUACUUGGUAAAUAAAUGGCAA